GGCCCCGGGCCCGCGGCUGGAGCUGCCGGCCGAGCGCGGCCCCCGAGCCGCCCUUCCCCGCCAUGGGCCUGCUGUCGGACCCGGUGCGCCGCCGCGCGCUCGCCCGCCUCGUGCUGCGUCUCAACGCGCCGCUCUGCGUGCUGAGCUACGUGGCGGGAAUCGCCUGGUUCCUGGCGCUGGCUUUCCCGCCGCUGACCCAGCGCACUUACAUGUCGGAGAACGCCAUGGGGUCCACCAUGGUGGAGGAGCAGUUCGCGGGCGGGGACCGUGCCCGGGGCUUGGCCCGAGACUUCGCUGCGCACCGCAGGAAGUCGGGGGCUCUGCCAGUGGCGUGGCUGGAGCGGACGAUGCGGUCAGUGGGGCUGGAAGUGUACACGCAGAGCUUCUCGCGGAGGCUGCCCUUUCCUGACGAGACCCACGAGCGCUACAUGGUGUCUGGUACCAACGUGUAUGGCAUCCUGCGGGCCCCGCGCGCUGCCAGCACCGAGUCCCUGGUGCUCACCGUCCCCUGUGGCCCGGACUCUACCAACAGCCAGGCUGUGGGACUGCUGCUGGCCCUUGCUGCCCACUUUCGGGGGCAGAUUUACUGGGCCAAAGACAUCAUUUUCCUGGUGACAGAACAAGACCUUCUGGGCACGGAGGCUUGGCUGGAGGCCUACCACGACGCCAACGUCACCGGCAUGCAGUCAUCCCCUCUGCAGGGCCGGGCAGGGGCCAUCCAGGCAGCCGUGGCUCUGGAGCUGAGCAGUGACGUGGUCACUAGCCUCGAUGUGGCUGUGGAGGGGCUCAACGGGCAGCUGCCCAACCUCGAUCUACUCAACCUCUUCCAGACUUUCUGUCAGAAAGGGGGGCUGCUGUGUACGCUGCAGGGCAAGCUGCAGCCCCAGGACUGGACAUCCGUCGACGGGCCACUGCAGGGUCUGCAGACCUUGCUGCUCAUGGUUCUGCAGCAGGCCUCUGGCCGCCCCCAUGGCCCUCAUGGCCUCUUCCUGCGCUACCGUGUGGAGGCCCUGACCAUCCGUGGCAUUAACAGCUUCCGACAAUAUAAGUAUGACUUGGUGGCAGUGGGCAAGGCCCUGGAGGGUGUGUUCCGCAAGCUCAACCACCUCCUGGAGCGCCUGCACCAGUCCUUCUUCUUCUACCUGCUCCCGGCACUGUCCCGCUUCGUGUCCAUCGGCCUCUACAUGCCCGCUGCCGGCUUUCUGCUCUUGGUCCUUGGUCUCAAAGCUCUGGAGCUGUGGAUGCAAUUGCAUGAGGCCGGAGUGGGCCCCGAGGAGCCUGGGGGGGGCUCUGGACCUAGCCCUCCCGUCCUGCCAGCACAGAGCGUCGGGCUGGCCUCACUUGUGGCGCCUUUGCUGAUCUCACAGGCCAUGGGUCUGGCCCUUUACAUCUUGCCGGUGCUGGGCCAACACGUGGCUACCCAGCACUUCCCCGUAGCCGAGGCCGAGGCCGUGGUGCUGACUCUGCUGGCCAUCUACGCGGCAGGCCUGGCCCUUCCACACAGCACCCAGCGGGUGGUGAGUGCACAGGCCCCAGACAGAGGCUGGAUGGCACUGAAGCUGGUGGCCCUCAUCUACCUGGCGCUCCAGUUGGCCUGCAUCACCCUCACCAACUUCUCGCUGGGCUUCCUGCUGGCUGCCACCAUGGUGCCUGCUGCCGCGCUCACCACGCCCUGUGGGCCCCGGCCCCUCUACGCUGCCCUGCUGGUGCUGACGAGCCCAGCAGCCACGCUCCUGGGCAGCUUGUUCCUGUGGCGGGAGCUGCAGGAGGCCCCGCUGUCCCUGGCCGAGGGCUGGCAGCUCUUCCUGGCAGCGCUGGCUCAGGGUGUGCUGGAGCACCACACCUACGGUGCCCUGCUCUUCCCGCUCUUGGCUCUGGGCCUCUACCCCUGCUGGCUGCUCUUCUGGAACGUGCUUUUUUGGAAGUGACGUGCGGCUCAUAGCUCUGCAGCGUCAGGACUCGGGUGUUCCAACCAACACACGAGGGGCUGUCGCCGAACCCAGCUCACAAGAGGACGGGGACUCAGCCGCCAGCUGUCGCGCCCAGAGUCGGGCUUAAUCGUGCGCGCUCCUUCCUUGCUGGUUCCCACGACCCAGAACCGAAGCACCGUGGGGGGGGGUAGUCCCUGCCGCUUCUCCGGCUCAGAGCCAGACACCCGGCUCAGAGCCAGACACCCGGGAGGAUACUCAUCUGCAUUUGUUGAAUGAGAGGGAAAAAAGCAGAGGGAGAGCCUCUGGAGGUCCCAAGGAAGCUCCAGGGGGCAGACGGGACAGCUCCUGAAGGGGCCUGGAGGGUCACCUAUGGCUUCGGGUGUGGGGUGAGCACAGGAAGGUGAGGGUAGCGGCUCCCCCCGCCAGCCAGGCCACCCUUCACCUACCUCCCAAUGCCCAGCAGCCUCCGCACAAGCAGGCCCACUAUGGACGCCCUACUUGGCCUUGGGGUGCUUCUAGCAACUCACCUGCCUGUCCCAGGUUUCCUGAGCUUUUGCGAAUCGUUUGCCUGGUCACCCCUCCCCGCCUGAGGUUCCGGUAUGGGCAGCUUAGGGCACCGUUGUCCAAGAAUGGGGUCUGCAGGCCCCAGCUGCCUUCACGCCCAUGCUCAGGCCCUGUCACCCGCCCAGGCCCCUCUUCUGAGGCCCCAGUGUGUCUCCUGUGCCUCCUGGAUGCUGUGAUGGUCGUCUCUAAGUCAGUCUCCCAACCUGAACACUUCCCACCCGACGGGCUGUCUUCCUGAGCAAGUGCACGCAACCCUGGGCCACCUCGCAUCUGCCUCUCCUCAGGGGGCCCAUCACUCUCGGGCGAGUCCUCGCCAUGGUCGCCAGGGGCUGUGUUGUUCCAGAGCACACUUUCUCGGCCCCGGGAGCAACCCGUACCUGCGCCGCCUCCCCUUCCAGCCCCGGACACCGUCAACCUUCGUUCCAACUCCAGACUCAGACCUGAAUAGGAACGGGGUCGUGCGUCUGUGGUCUCUCGUCCGGCUCUUCACCCAGCACUACGCCUUCAGGGUUCAUCCGUGUCGUGCCGUGUCACAACUUCCCUCAUGGCUGAGGAACACGCCACGUUCUGUUCAUCUGCCCGACGGCUCAUGGACUGGACGUUUCGGUGGUUUCGUCUUUGCUGGUCAUUGUGGGAGAUGCACCAAGCACUGCUCGGGGACAAGUGUCGGUGCGAGCGCGUUUGCUCUUGGGGCACAGCGAGAGGAGAGUGGGGCCCCACGGUCCCUGGUGGUGCUGCUGGGACGCAGCUCACGUGUUUCCAUCUGCUUUGUCUUCCUUUUCAUUCACCUCAAGUCAUUUUCUAAUUUUCCCUGUGAUUUCUUCUUUGACUAGUUGGUUAUUUAGGAAUAUGGUAUUUAAUUUUCACGUAUUUGUGAAUUUCCCAGAUUUCUUUCUGUUAUUUUUAAUUUAUAUUGUCAAAAAGCGUACUUCAUGUGGUAUUAGCAGCUUUAAAUGUACGGAGACUUGUUUGAUCGAGUAACGUCACGGUCUGUCCUGAAGAAUGUUCCACGAGCACUUGAGAAGGGUGCGCGUCCUGCCGGCUGGCGCGUUUCUCUGAUGUCAAGUCUGGCUGCUGCUAGCGUCGCGCGACUCCUCUCUGCUCAGCGUCUGUCUAGUUGUUCCGUCUGCUGCGGAAAGUAUGGAAAGUCCGUUAUUGACUUGUCUGUUUCUUCCUUCCAUUCUGUCAACUUUUACUUCACGUAUUUUGGGGCAUUUGGGCAAAUGUAUCUUCAUGAUUGUUAUGUCUUCUUGAUGGAUUCUUCUUCUUUCUUUUUCAUUAUAAAAUGUCCCUCUUUAA